CAUUAGCACUGCACUCGUGUUGAAAUGCAGUAGUUCAGUGCAGCAUCUAUUCUAUAUGUCCACCAUUGAGACAGGUGAAGACAGCUGUUGGAACAAUGUGGACUUAUUGUCUCUAAACUGUGUGCGUGUGUGUGUGUGUGUGUGUUCGGGUGUGAGAGAUAGAGAUGAGAUGAGAUGAGAGGUUUUGAACCACUUUGGAAAGAGUGCUGAUGAGAACACCUUCAAUCUCUGUUCCUCUGAGCCUAGUGCACGGUCAAGGUGAGUAGCUCGGUACAAGGGGAAGGUGUGUCGCUUCACCGGCCCGCUGACAUGUUCAAUCGGCAGUCAACGAUUUGCACCUGUCCAUCAUUACCUUGUCAGCCCGUGAUUGGCCGCAGGGUACUUCCUGUUCCUGUAUUUAACCGGCGCUCUGAGAGGAGGAGGAUAUCAUUUCAGCUGAUGAGCAGAAUGGCCGCUCGGGUUCCUGCAAGUCUGUUGCUCCUCAUUUCACUGUUGAGUUGGGAUGUCCAUUGCUAUCCUGCUAAAAAAGGCCGAGGCCAGCAUAAUGCUCAUGAGGGCGGUUUCUCAAACCUGGAGACGCCUCCUGGCCUCCAUUAUAGCCCGUCCAACGCUGCUCCUGCUCAGCCUGCCAAUGUGAAUGCUCCUGCUGUCUCAUUCUACCAUGAACCAGGGGAUGAGAUGGUGUAUUCAAGUCCUAACUACUAUCCAGCAGCGGCUCCUGGUUGGGACCCUGUGGAAGAGUCUACGACUGCCCUCAGUGUGUCCAGAACAUCUCAGCCCAGACCUGAUAUUGGUCCCCCUCCCCCUCUCCCCAUGUUUCAGGCAGGUGAUCUUGAGAACUAUGAAGGGAGCUUUGAACGAGGUAACUCUGGAAUGGAGACUGAAGAGCUCAACUUGUUGCCUCCUCCAUAUCCUCGCCCUGACUUCCAGGCUGGUGAGUUGCGCAAUUAUGAAUUCUUCUUUGACCACGGAAACGAUGAGCGGGAAACUGAAGAGCAAGGUUUCGUGCCACCACCUCCCCCCUUUGAGCUGUCGGCUGCCUCCUCGUCUGAUGGCUACUUGCAGCCAGUUCCCCCAGCAUGGGGACCUGUUGGACCGAGCCAGUACUACCUCUUCUUGACUGGUCAACUUCCUCCUGGCACACAAUCUCACUUUCAGUCCGAGUAUGAAACUGGAAGAGACCACUGGGACGACGUCCACUAUGAGAGAUACCACUUUCCUACUGUUCUGAGUCCCGCCGCACCCCCCCAGGCCCAGGAUGGUCAGUGGACUCGCAGCCAGAAGUACAUCAAAUCUUAGAGGACAAGAGCAGGAGACGGGCAGCUUUAGAGUUCCUGAACAUGUAUUGACAUCCCUGUUCAAAGUUGUGAAAUAAAAUUCUAAGCUAACA